GCGUUCUGCUCAGCGGGGUACGUACACGCUUUGUAAUCGUUGGUUUAAACAAGACGUAUAGAGACAAAGACAAAACAAUACAUUUAAUAAAGACAAAUGACACAAGUAGUCAUAGGCACGAUCAGGGGUGCGCGCGCACGCAAGUUUUUUUGUAUACUUUUUUUUUUUAAUGGUCGACGAAUUGUAAAAACGUAAAAGGUUGGAUUUUUUUUGUUUUUAAAAAUGCACCUUGUUGGAAUAACUUUUUUACUGGCCUAUCUGCUUCACGCUGACUUGACUUACUGCGAAUAUUUCGAUGAUGACGAAGAGGAGCAGAUGGAUGUGGCGGACUCUUCACCAUUGCCAGACAUGGAACACAGGUUGCGCUCAGCUUCCAGUGUUGAUGAGCUGAUGCGUCUCAUCUACCCUGUACACUGGGCUGCCCUAAAGUGUAUAUCCAAACUACCAUUUGCUGCUGUGUCCAAACUGUCUCACCGUCUCAGCCCAUUAGCAGGAACAGAUGAGACAACCUUUGCUGCUGCCUACCUGAACUUGGAUGUUCUCAAAAGUAUAGAGUCAGAAUGGCGAAAGAUCCAGUGCAUACCCAGGGAAGUGUGUGUCGACGUGGGCAGGGAGUUUGGUGCACCCACCAACAUCUUCUAUAAACCACCAUGUGUGUCCGUCUACAGAUGUGGAGGAUGCUGCCACUCAGAGGACAAACAAUGCAGGAAUAUCUCCACUGGUUACCUCAGCAAAUCUAUUUUUGAGAUCACCGUACCAGUCACCCAAGGCACCAAGCCUGUGACGAUCAGUGUGGCCAAUCAUACGCAGUGUAGCUGUUUGUCCAAGCUUGACAUCUACAAGCAAGUCCACAGCAUCAUCAGGAGAUCCUUGACUGAGUGCCCAAUAGCCAAUCAGGCAUGUGCCCAAGAUCAAGAUUGGAGCAGCAGUCAGUGUCGAUGUGUCAACAUUGCAACCAAUCCUUCACUAUCAUUGCUCCUUCCGAAGUCAUCCCAACAAAUCGACAUAUUCUCAGCAGAUGUGUGCGGCCUGCAUAAGGAACUGGACGUGGAGACCUGUCAGUGUAUAUGUCAGCGCACAGCUCACACUCAAGACUGUGGUUCUCACCGUCACUUUGACCGCAACACUUGCAAGUGUAUGUGCAACACUCCACCGACCCACUCGUGCCCGCUGAGCCACAUAUACAAUAAGGAGACGUGCCAGUGCACAUGUAGCAAGACGUGUCCUAAGCACCAGCCACUCAACAAAACAAAGUGCUCCUGCGAAUGUAACGAGUCACCCAAUAAGUGUUUUCUAAAAGGCCGCAGGUUUCACCAUGCUACGUGCAGUUGUCUCAGGCCUCCAUGUGAAGUCAGGAGACGAAGGUGUGAACCAGGCUUUUUGUUUACUGAAGAAGUGUGCCGCUGUGUACCGUCCCACUGGAAACGACUGGACUAAGCCUCACAUUUUAGAGCGCUGCCGAUAAGUAGUGAAAUUAAAGACAGGGUCAGCAAUGUCAUGUUGGACUACAAAGGCAGCUGUUGACUUUGAUGAAAGUGAGGAAGGGCCCGUAAACACAGUCGUUUUUUAUCGACUGUGAUGAACAGCAAUAGAUCUGGGACAAUAAUGUCUGCCAGUUGCUCCAAAAUGUACUUCCGAGUGUAGCAAGAAAGUUAACGAGGCUUAUCACCACAUCAAGUGUUUUUCAUAUCGUAAUUGAGGGUUUCCUCUUAGUUUAAUCAAGUGUGGCGCCGCGCCGUGGCAAAAUAAAAGCUGCCACACCUUGAAAACAACGUGAAAACAAAUGUAUUAUAUUGGCUAUAUAUAGCCUAUUAUUUGCACACAAGUGAUGCUCCGAAAAUGCAGUCUACCAAAAAAGGCUUUGAUCACAGAAACAGCUCUACCAAAACAGGUUGUUGUGAUGACAUAACUAAGACGCACGCAAGAUUGUCCAGAGCAGAGGCAGCAUGUCUGCGAUGUGGUCGCACUUUAAUAUAUCCCAGAUUAGGGUUGUACGUUAUACCGGUAUUAGUAUAGUACCGCGAUACUAAUGAAUAAUUUUCGGUACUAUACCGCCUCUGGAAAGUACCGGUAUCAAAUACCAAACAACAGAAAAAUAAGUGAUUAUUACAUUUUAACAGAAGUGUAGAUAGACCAUGUUAAAAGAGAAAAUAAGCAGAUAUUAACAGUAAAUGAACAAGUAGAUUAAUAAUUAAUUUUCUACCACUUGUCCUUAAUAAUGUUGACAAAAUAAUAGAUAAUGUUACUGCAUAUGUCAGCAGACUAAUUAGGAGCCUUUGUUUGUUUACUUACUACUAAAAGACAAGUUGUCUAGUAUGUUCACUAUUUUAUUUAAGGACAAAAUUGCAAUAAAAAACAUAUGUUUAAUGUACCCUAAGAUUCUUUGUUAAAAUAAAGCCAAUAAUGCAAUUUUUUGUGAUCCCCUUUAUUUAGAAAAGUAUCGAAAUAAUUUUGGUACCGGUACCAAAAUAUAAAAUAUUGGUAUCGGGACAACACUAUCCCAGAUAAACCUGCGCACAGCGAUCAACAAAAUUUGGAAUGUUGAAAAUUUUAAGUGGAAAGUGGCGCUCUUUCAAGGACAGAAAUAGCAGCUGUGCAAAGCCUAAGCAAGUGUGACAUCAGGCUCACUGCUGCUCUUGUUGUUCGUCACAGACGUAAAGAAGUAAAGAGUCACUAAACACAAGUAUAAUAACACCAGAACAUAUGCUAGAAUUGUUGGUAGUCGUUCUUAAUAAACAGAAUAUCACUAAAAAGAUUGGAGAAGUCUCUAGUAACUUGAAAAAAAUUGUAACAAAGUACAUUGUACAAAACCCAAAACCGGUGAAG